AUGGCUGUGCAGUCAAAACCUGCUCCGCUACCGUCAUGGGGUUUCGCCGUAGCUGGUGCUACGGGCGCCGUUUUAGCUAAUGCAUUAGUAUACCCGUUGGAUAUAGUAAAGACACGUUUGCAGGUCCAGGUUAAGCGAAAGCCUGGUGAUACGAGCGAACACACCGACCCUCAUUACACGUCGACGUGGGAUGCUAUCACUAAGAUUACAGCAGAGGAUGGAGUCAAAGGAUUAUAUGCGGGCAUGAAUGGUGCGCUAUUGGGAGUCGCUUCGACUAAUUUCGCCUACUUUUAUUGGUACUCAAUCGUGCGAGAACUUUACUUCAAAUCGCAGAAAGUUUCGGCCCCACCGUCUACGGCCGUUGAGCUGGUACUGGGCGCCAUAGCUGGUGCCGUAGCCCAGUUAUUUACGAUUCCGGUGGCCGUGGUUACGACGAGACAGCAAACACAAAGCAAGGCGGAUAGGAAAGGCCUCCUAGAUACGGCUCACGAAGUUAUUGAAAGCGAGGAUGGCUUCUUCGGUCUUUGGAGGGGACUGAAAGCCAGCUUGGUACUGGUAGUCAACCCUGCUAUUACAUAUGGCGCAUACGAGCGAUUAAAGGGCGCUUUCUUCCCUGGAAAGGCCCGCUUGACUGCUGGAGAAGCUUUUCUCCUUGGUGCUAUGUCGAAAGCCUUAGCUACAAUUGUUACACAACCUCUAAUAGUUGCAAAAGUUGGCUUGCAAUCGAAACCCCCGCCACAACGUGAGGGAAAGCCAUUCAAGGGUUUCAUCGAAGUGAUGCAAUUUAUUAUCAAGCAUGAAGGUCUGCUAAGUCUUUUCAAGGGCAUUGGGCCCCAGAUUAUAAAGGGUUUCCUGGUGCAGGGAAUACUCAUGAUGACCAAAGAGCGGAUGGAAUUUCUAUUUAUCCUCCUAUUCAGAUACGUUCGUAAGAUUCGAUCAGAACAUCUCGCUAAAGCAGCUGAGUUGGCGGCAGCCACUGCUUCCAGAGCGAAGCUCGCCGUUCCUGUUACAAUUAAGUAG